GUUUUAAACUUGAAAAAACCAAACUCUCUUUGGUAAUCGAAUCUCCGCCAUGGCGAUCCAAACUGGAGUCGGAUUUUCGAAGAUUUUGAUCCUAGCCGGCGCAGGUUACACUGGUACGGUUCUUUUCAAGAAUGGUAAAUUAUCAGACUUGUUAGGUGAAUUGCAGUCACUGGUGAAAGGACUUGAAAAAUCUGGGGACAAAUCAGAUGAUUCAGAGGCCCUUCUGGCUCAGGUUCGUCGCUUAUCAAUGGAGAUUAGGCAACUAGCCUCAGCACGGCAGAUAACUGUUCUAAAUGGGGAUUCCGGCGUUAACUUAACGUCUAUGGUAGUCCCAGCUGCUACAUUGGGGGCAUUGGGUUAUGGUUACAUGUGGUGGAAGGGCAUUUCGUUCUGUGAUCUAUUUUGGGUAACAAAACGCAAUAUGGCUUUGGCUGUGGAGAACUUAACAAAACAUCUGGAUUCUGUGUCUGAUGCUCUCUCUGCUGCAAAGAAGCAUUUGACCCAACGGAUUCAGAAUCUGGAUGAUAAAAUGGAAACACAGAAGGAAAUCUCAAAGAACAUUCAAGAAAGUGUAGAAGAGGCUCAUAUGAAUCUUUCCAACAUUGAAUAUGAUUUGGAUGCACUGCAGAGAAUGAUUUCUGGUCUGGAUGGAAAAAUAGGUUCAUUGGAAUAUAAGCAGGAUCUUGCCAAUGCUGGUGUUUUGUACCUUUGUAACGUGGUUGGUGGCAAAAAAGCAAAGAUGCCCGAAGCCUUGCAGGCGCAACUUCAACUUUCUGGGAAAUCUCGUUCUUUACUCACACAUUCGGGAACUCCCACUACAAAGGGUCUGAAAGACUUUUUCAGAUAUUUUUUCUGAGAGUACGAAAGGUUCAGUCCGAGAACCUAUCGUGCAAGAUGGUAUCGAUAAUUUAGAAGAAGAGUCAAGAAGGCUGCAGAGGAUUGAUUCAUAAGCGUCCCCUAAGUUUUAACUUUUAACGUAGUGUACUAUGUAGAAAACUGUUGUGGAUUGCAAUUUCAUUAUUGGUUUGGGGCAGGCCAUUAUUAUGGCUUUAAUAUCUACUUUUUUUUCCUUUUAUUUUCUGGGGUUAAUUUCUUAAAGGUGUUAUGCUAGAGAGCAAGGUACACAUAUCAAUAAAACAACUGUUUCAAGUA